GGAGAGCGAGCGACAGAGGGGGAGAGAGAAAGAACUAGAGAAAGAGAGAGUGACAGAGAGAGAGAGAAAGUAUAUAAGAACCCUUUCUCACAUACACUCCCACUUCUGCUGUGUACAUUUUUUUUGGAGGUGCCGGCUGUUUUGCACACCUGUGUCCAACACAGUGAAACACCAAGGGAGCAAGGCAUCUUUUCGUGUGUGUGUGUGUGUUAGUGAGUUAGUGUGUGUGUGUGUGUCUGUUGAACCUCCAGAGGAUCCUCUACGUUUGGCGAGAUGAAGCUGGUGUCCGUGGUCACCCUGGUGGUCCUGACCGCCUGGUCGCUGGACCGCGCCGACGGCUCGGCCUACGACACCAUCGUCAGCCACAGCCGGAUCCGCGCCAGGAAAGAGGGGCCCAACGUGUGUGCACUGCAGCAGGUUAUGGGGACAAAGAAGAAGUAUUUCAGCACGUGCAGGAACUGGUACAAAGGCUCUAUUUGUGGAAAGAAAGCGAUCGUCCUCUACGAGUGUUGCCCCGGCUACAUGAAGCUGGAGGGCAUGCGGGGCUGCCCGGCAGUGGCCCCCAUCGACAACGUGCACGGCACCCUGGGCCUGCUGAAGGCCACCAAGACCCAGGAGUACGCAGAGGCCUCCAGCAUCGCCGAGGAGCUCAGCGGCAAGGGCUCCUUCACCAUGUUCGCCCCCAGCAACGACGCCUGGGAGGAGCUUGACCCUCUGGUGAAGGCUGCGCUGGUGAGCAACGUGAACGUUGAGCUGUUCAACGCCCUCCACUACCACAUGGUGAACUCCCGCCUGCUCACCAAGGACCUGAAGAACAGCAUGACGCUCACCUCCAUGUACAACGAGCUGGGCCUCUACAUCAACCACUACUCCAACGGGAUCGUGACGGUGAACUGCGCCCGGAUCAUCCACGGUAACCAGGUGGCCACCAACGGGGUGGUGCACGUGGUGGACCGGGUGGUCAGCACCGUCAGCAGCACCAUCAAGGACACCCUGGAGGUGGACGACGACCUCACCUCCUUCAGCACCUUAGCGCUUGCGUCCGGGAUGAUGGAGAAGCUGGGCGAGCCUGGCCAGUACACCCUGUUCGCCCCAACCAACCGGGCCUUUGAGAAGCUGGGCUCUGGCUACCUGGAGAGAAUCAUGGGAGACCAGAAGAUCAUGUCAGCCCUGGUGAACUACCACCUCCUGAACAGCGUGCAGUGCGGGGAGGCCAUCAUGAUGGGCACGGUGUACGAGACGGCGGAGGGCAGCUCGCUGCAGAUCGGCUGUGACGGCGACCGCCUCACGGUCAACGGCAUCACCAUGGUGCUGAAGAAGGACAUCGUCACCACCAACGGCGUCAUCCACCUCAUCGACCAGGUGCUCGUACCGGACUCGGCCAAGGAGGUGAUGGAGCUGGUGGGGGAGAACCAGAGCACCUUCAGCGACAUGGUGGCUGAGCUAGGCCUGUCUGCCGCCCUGGGCCCCGGGACCGAGUACACCCUGCUGGCCCCCGUCAACACCGUCUUCACCGAUGAGGUAAUGAGGACGGACCAGACCCUUCUGAAGGAGACGCUGGAAAACCACAUCCUCAAGCUGAAGGUCACCCUGAGCGAGCUCUACAACGGACAGCAGCUGGAGACCCUGUUCGGAAACCUUCUGCGCGUCUUCAUCUACCGCACGGCGGUGUGCAUCGAGAACGCCUGCAUGCUGCGCGGCGGCAAGGAGGGCAGCAACGGAGCGCUGCACCUGAUGCGCUCCCUGAUCAAACCGGCCCGCAGGAGCAUGUACGAGAUCCUGGUCGCCGACGGACGCUUCAGGGUCUUCCUGUCUCUGAUGGAGAGCGCCGGGCUCACCCAGAUGCUGGAGCAGGAAGGCUCCUACACCGUCUUCGCCCCCACCGACGACGCCUUCAAUGGCCUCUCCGAGGAGGACCUCACCCUCCUCACCGGUGACGUGAACGCUCUGAGGACCAUCCUGCUCUACCACUUCAGCAACGGGGUGUUCAUCAACGGCGGACUGGAAGGCGGGGUCACCAAUCUGCUCAAAACGCUCCAGGGACAAAACCUCCAGGUGUUGUCGGUGAACAACUCCAUCCACGUCAACUCGGUGGACGUGCCAGACAACGACCUGAUGGCCACCAACGGCGUGGUGCACGUGGUGAAGAACAUCCUUUAUCCCGCCAACAUUCCCGUGGGCCGCGAAGACCUCCUCCUUCUCCUCAGGAAGAUUAUCAAGUACAUCCAAAUCAAGUUUGUGUCUGGAUAUUCUUACUCCGAGAUCCCCCUCACUUUCAUCAAAAGGACCACCACCACUACCACUACCCACUUUGUGGAAACAGUGCCUGGAGUGACCAAAGUGACCCGGGUCAUCAGUGGCGGUGAGCCGACGAUCACCAAGGUGACCAGGGUCAUCAACGCCGAACCCAUCACCACCACGGUGGUGAGGGUGGUGGAGGAGGAGCCGACGCUCACCUCGGUGACGAGGGUGAUCGGGGGCGACGCCUCCCUCAACACGCUCACCGUGCACGGCGAGACGGCGCCCACCGUCACCAAGGUGACCAGGGUCGUCCACACGGAGCCCAGCAGCACCAAGGUGAUGAGGGUGGUGGAGGGGGAGGGGCCCACCCUCACCACGGUGACGAGGGUCAUCGGCGGGGAAUCCUCCGUCAACACGCUGACGGGCGUCUUCGAGGUGGAGCCCACCGUCACCAAGGUAACCAGAGUGGUCAGCGGCGGCGGCGGCGGCAAGGGUUCCAUCACGAGAGUGGUCAGCAGCGGCGGCGAGGGUUCCAUCACCAGAGUGGUCGGCGGCGGCGGCGAGGGUUCCGUCACGAGAGUGGUCAGCAGCGGCGGCGGCGGCAGCGAGGGUUCCGUCACGAGAGUGGUCAGCGGCGGCGGCGGCGAGGGAUCCGUCACGCGGGUGGUCGACGGCGGGGAGGGCUCCUUCAAGGUAACGAGAGUGGUCCCGGGGGGAGGGUCCGUCAAAAAGGUGACGCGAGUCGUGGAGGGCGAACCGUCCUACACCACGUUGACGAGGGUCAUCAGCGGGGAGCCCCCGAUCACCACGCGGACCAUCGAGUCGGAGCCCACCAUCAGCAGGGUGGUGGUCGGGGGAGAGCACUCCAUCCACCAGGUCACCCGCAUGAUCCAGGGGGGGGAGCCGUCCGUCACCAAGGUCACCGUCGGAGGCGAGCCCGGCCUCACCAAGGUCACCAGAAUCAUUGAAACACAUAGCGGUGACAUGGGCGGCGAGAUGAAGAAGGUUCUGGAGGAAGAGGUAGCCAAGAUAAAGAAGCACCAGGAAGAGCAGCUCCUGAAAAUCGUAGAGGGAGGUGAAGCCGGCACCCUGCGAAUCCUCCAGCCUCAGAUCUUUAAGGGUUCUGACUUCUCUAAGAUCACCACCAUCCACGGCGACCCCAAUCUGAUCGAGCUUGAAUCGGAGAGAAUCUCCAAGCUGAUUAGAGACGGGGGUCCAGUAGCCUCCGCAAGGAGACCACCAGUCGGUGUGAGGAGAAGAAAGAUGAAGGCCAGGCGUCACAUCAGGCCAAGGCAGUGAGCGUGGCAAUGAGAAGUUCCAAGCCCACAACCUCAAGAUCCGGGGAGAAAUACGGAGAGAGUCACCGGGGGUCCGAGAACGGUACGGAAAGACCGAACAAUCGUGGGUGGACAAGAAGCGAUGGAGUGGAGGAGCUCCUUGUUCCAUCCACAAAACGGAUGAAUGCGACAUUGGUUCAGAGCGCGAUAGGCGAUGAGGUUUUAUACUGCAAUGCUAUAAGAAGUACUCUGUGUGUGUAAUUAAUGUAAGUAUGCAAGGUAAAUGUUUACUGCAGUGUGUAGGGGGAGGAGAGUGUAAGAUAGGGUUGACCGUGGAGAGGGAGGACUUUGUGAAAGAUUGACUGUAGUUUUUGUUUUGUUUCUUUGUUAACGAAUGGCAUUGUUUUCAAACUGGUGCUGACAUUUUAUACAACUGAUGCUGCAUGACAAAUGAUCACAUUCACAUUAACUCUUAUUUUCAUUUUGUUUGGUUGAUUUGGUGACUCAAAUGUUUAAUGGUUUUGAACGUAUGCUUGGUUUUAUGUUUGUCCACGUGAUACAAUACAAAUCUCUAGUAUUUUUUUACUGUAUGCUCUGAGUGGCAAAGAGAGACCAAAAUAAAAAAAAAAGCGUUUACUUACUGGAAUACGGUUUUCCUUUUGCUUGUUUUUCAACCGGGUGUACAUACUUUUCACAGGAGCUUCUCUUCUCCAUGCCACUCCUGUCUGCGGUGAUUUGACGGGAAAUUCAUUUAAGCUAUGGUUCAAUAAAAUUAUAACAAUUCA